GUACUGUCCAGGGUGAGCGUGUUCCCGAACCACCCUGCCACCCUGCUCUGCUCUCCCGACUGCCAGUGGGUGGUCACACUGGCCCAGGACUCAGACCUGAGCCCCAAGGUGUUCCACUCACACUCCUUGCUGUGUCCACUGGAAGACGAGCCUCCUGUCUCCACCUCUCUCCCCAUCGGGCUGACUUCCAAAGCCUGCUGGGCCCCCGAUGAGGCGGCCAGGCUGGUGGUGGUGCACAGGGAUGACAGCGGCGUGCAGUGGGUGGUCACCACCUAUGAGCCAGGGGCUAAGAAGUCCAAGGAUGCAGUGAACGUUCUGGUACAGCAGAUCGCAAGUUUCAACCUGCCAGACACCAUGUUGCCUCCUCACCUCAUGAAGGGGCACGGCUCCCAAGUGGUCCUGCUGGUGUCGGAGUCUGAGCUGGUGCUCUUCACCAUCCACGGCCUGCGGCUGGCAGCCUUCCAGGACCAUCAGAAGCCCAUCACGUCCCUGUGUGUGGACCAGAGCCGAGUCGUCACCUCUUCUUUCGACCUCUCCUUGCGUGUCUACAUGUGGAAAAAGGGGAAUAAAUUUCCUGUCCUCAAGAGCUGCUAUCACUUGCUCGGGGGCUCCCACCGCUGGGCCAGUGGAUUCACCCAGGUGGAAAGUGACAGCAUGAGCAUUGUGGGCGUGGAAGCCAGAAGCGCUGGCACGAGUAUUCUGAGGUCAUACUACUUCCAGCUGCGACGAGACCUAGACAAGGAACAGGAAACGUAACAGGAGAGUUAAUAACCUGUUGUUGGUCCAUGUUCCGGCUGCCUAGCAAUCUGCCCAGCGCUGUUCAGAUAGUAAGUGGCAGAAAGGAGAGAAUGCCCAACGGGGGACUAGAAAACCCAUGCUUACAGUGCUGGGGGUGUCACAGAAUCAUUUUUGUUGUUCAGAUGUGUAAGUAAAUGUAUUUUAUCUUCUUAAUCUUGUGCAGUGUGCUUUAGACACAUUAAAAAAAUAAAUUGCUAUCAUGUAGAUGA